ACCUCAUGCCUAAUCAGCCAGAAUGAUUCUAAACACUGUGUGGACAGUGGAAAGUCCUUUAGUAUGAAGUGCUUUACAGCACCGGCAGGUGGCGCGCUUUACUCCGUCUGGUAGUGUGCAAAUACUACACCUGCCAAAGAAGAAGAUGGCAUGGCGAACGAGGAAGUAAAUAAGCAUGAGUCAGACAGUAAAACCGGUUAGUUUUCAAGUUUUAGUUGACUUAUUUUCACACAAAUAACUGUCUUCCGUUGUAUCACUCUCUCUCAUGGCGGAGUUCGACGAGAACAGCGGCCGCCGAGCUGAGGAGCAUGACGGGACAAACAGCAGAGAUGUCUAUGAGCCCGCGUGUGGCACAGUGGACCCCGCAGUGACAGUCCCUCGGGGGCUGUGGUCUUCAAAUCAUGACCGGAGGAGAAAGUUAGUCUUGCAUGUCGACCUCAACAACACCAUACUUGUGUCGGACGCUGUGACGGGUCAGGGGACUGUAGCUGCCCUGGACUACUUCCUCACAACCGUCACCUGGGGGAAGAUGAGCCAACACGGAAAGUGGGAAUGGCUGAGUGAAUCGCCCUCUCUGCUCCCACCGUGCGACGGCGCUGUUAGCUACUACUCUCAGUUUGGACGGAUACCUGGCUUCACCUCAGCUGCGGGCCAGCGUUUCCGCGGGGUCCUGGAUGAGCAUCUGGAUCUCCUCCGCUGGCCCGAGGACAUCAAGGGAGACACAGAGCUGUCAGUAAAGGGUGAGGAUGGAAGACUGUACCACUGGAUCCUUCCCUCCUUCUUCCAGCUUCUCAAAGACCUGGUGCAGGAAGAAAGGGAGUUUGCCAUCUUGUUUCGUACGUUCGGAACUGACCUACCUCGUGUGCUGCGGGCUGUAUCCAGAGCACUGAACCAAGGGGCUCAUCCACUGUUCCCUGAUCUGCCUGAUCUAAAGUUAAGUGUGAAUAUGACUCCGGGCAAGAUCCGCUGCAGCAAGAGAGGAAUCGUUCUGAGCCGAGCCGAGGACCGCGUGUCGACCCGUGAUGGAGAAAGAGGCCUGUACCAGUACUUGAGCUCAGUGCAGGGCCUGGGAGGCUUCCAGGACCACUUUGACUGGUGGGCUAGUAAUACCUUCUCCAUCCGUGGGGGGAAGCCGCUGUGGGUCGACCCCUUUGAUGAGCACAUUCAACACAUCUUCAUAGAUGACAACAUACGGCAGAAUGAUGAGGAUACAAUAGUUCAUCCCAAGGUUUUCUUAGGUCCAGGUGGUGCUGACACACGUACAGCCUGCACCUCCGAGCUAUAUGACAUCACCUUGGUCCAGAAUGACCUCCUCCGGGCCAUUUCAGACCCAAACUACUUCACUCAGCGUGUCCGCAUCUGCCAGGAAAACUAUGAGAGGAAUCUCCAGCAGGGGGCAGAAUACAGCACAGCUCAACCGCCAUCUUCCUGUAUGCCUGUUUGUCUGACAAACUCUAUUUAGGGUACCAUUAACCCAAAGCUGCAAUCCCAGUGCAGACACAGUAGAGUGUAGGUAGUACAUGUGGAGGAAGGUUACUUGAAUAAGAAUGCAGGUGUAGUGGUAUCAGUUAUUACCUAAAGAUUAAAUAUUCAAGACAAUUUCCAAAACAAAUUAAAUGCACUCCAGAGAGAGUUAUACAUGUGGCAGCUAGAUAAAUAGGAUUUUAAUUCAUCUCAAAUGGUUAAAUACCACUCAUACUUUUUCUCUACUCUGGGACAGCAAUGAUAAAAAUGUACGCUUAUACAAAGAGCUCUUCAGAAUUAGAUUGUAGUCUGCUGUCCUAAGGUGCACUCCCACAAAAAAGAGCUUUUGACUUAAUUAAGCACCAGAGUGGCAAGGCCAGACUCUGUGAUUGCAGCAAAGUCUCUGUGACUAAUAAAGCCACAGGAUAAUUGACCUUACUCUGAACUGAAAUGAAAUUUGGGUCAGACAGCAUAAUUGGGGACAGAUAUGGUCAAAAAUCCUUCAAGUGUUGCAUUAUUAUCUAGCAAGUAUAAUCCAACGAGUUUUGCUUUACCUCCUCGUUUGUCAUCCUCGCACUCUGUAGAAAAUUUAUUUUAUCUCAGUCAUUGACUUCACUGUUUACAUGCACAAGUGAAAGGUAAUACUUGAAUAUUUCCAGAUGACUGAAACAGCAUCUGGUUUCUGAGUAUGUGUAACUUAAGGGUGAUACUUCAGAGUGCCCUAUAAGCACAUUAUGAAGGCAUUGCAAUCAGAAAACGACAGGGUGAAAGUGCACAUUUGGCUCAAACUCUGAGCUUUAAAUACCGUUUAACAUUUCCAGUAAUAUCUCAAAAGACACCACAUUACAUUUAUGACCGGACAUAUAAUUUCCUGUGACCAGGUGAGAGUAAUCCAUAUCCAUUAGGCACUUCAAACACGAUGUUGCAGCUUUAUGAUUGCAUUUGUCAGAGCAGAUUAAUAUCCCACAGUUGGCACUGAGACGUAUCAUUAGGUUGAACGUGGGUUUGGGAUGUGUUCGCACUCAAUUAUUUACGACAGUUUUUAUGUUUUAAAAGCACCCUCGUGUGAAACUUUUAAUAAUUUUGAAUUUGUGUGGAAGUUAUGGUGAUUUUAGCUUUAGGGUUUUCAGUAUAUAUUUAUUAUGCUUCCACAGAGAUUUUUAUUGCUAUAUUUUCCUCAGGUCAGUUUUAGCCAGACAACUGAAUGCAAAAAAUGUCAGUAAUCUGAAGGAAAGAAAUACUCAGAGAGAAUGAGAAUACUAGUCUUUUUGUUCAGUUUGUAUUGAGCACGGGCUCCAUUGAAGAAGAUACAAUGCAAGUGAAUGCACUGCUUUGAAAAAUGCAAAGACAAAGCUGGGAUGGGAAGCUUUGUUGUUGGUGGGUAACAUUACAGUCAUUUAUGAUUGCUUCAACUCCGCUUUCACAACAAAGUUUCAAAGUGCAAAAAUCAACACAAAAUGCUGUUGUCCUCAUUUUGGCCUCAAAAUCACACACAGCACACAGAAUGAAAACAUUUAUAUCAAACCGAGUAUCAGAAAAAUGAAAACAUGUACAGUAUGUCACUGAAUUUUAAUCAUUGUUGCAUGCUGUUGAAUAUGAUGUAUUACUGUAAAUAUAGUCUCUAGAUGUUACAGUAAAUCCUAAAGGAAAGGCAAAAUGAUUAUUUCACUGCAUCUGUUUACUUUUUCUGGUCUGUAUCUACCACUGAGUUUAUUAUUCAAGACACCAAACUAAAGAUAAUUUGAUCACUUGCAAGUUUAAAGAUCUGAAAUGCAGUAAGUUACAUUAAUAUCGUAAUACUAAUCAGUAUUUUGUGAUUCUGAAGCGAUUUAGUGUUUUGCACUUUGUAUAUGAGGACAGCUGUUUGUGUUAAACUGUAAGAGCUUAGCAAGUCAGUUUGGCUCUUUGCGUUAAGACUUUUGCACACUGAAACUCAUGAAACCUGAGCCAAAGCAAUCAUGAGAUACUGUAAUAUCACUGUGCAUCGAGGUCACAUGGUUACCACUUACUCUGAUGCUGCAUUUGAACGCACAUCACAACAUAACUUGAAGUUCUAAAUAUAAAUAAACUUUGUUUUUCAUCUAUUUAUUUUUCUGAUGUCAAAUCAUACCGUUUGAUGUUAAAUAAACCUUUAAGUUUUUUGUUAAA